CGCAGUUCCGUCUCCGCUGUGUUCCGAGAUGUUAGUCUGGCGCUUUCGACGAGAGCGAUAGGACACCCCCUUAGGAACUUCCUCACCAAACCCGAGGAACAGAUCAGGCAAGAUUUUUGUGCUGGGAAGAUUCUUCGGACUGAGGCUCUGCUGGCCAGGUAUUCCCUCUUAUUCGUCACUGUAUUGCAGCUAAUCAGUAACCAAGGGCCAUGUGACUGCUGCUCACAGACACCCAAACAGGCAGGUGAUGCUGAUGGUGGAACUGAGGAGGUGUUGAUCCCAAAAUCACUCCUAAAAUGUGAGAAUCUUACACUUUGAAGAGAACUCCACAGAGGUGUUUCCAGGGAAGUAAAAAUUUAGAAAGCUCUUCUGAAGAGGAAGAGAAGAUUCAACAGGCCAUUGUGAUGCUUCAAGCAAGAGAAAAUGAGGAGAAAGACAAGAAGCUUCAGGCAUAAGAUAGUUAAAGACAAUAAAACACUUACAGAAGUGAGUGAGCAUGAAUAUGAAAAAGAUGGUAAUGAGUGCUUGGAUCCUGCAACAAAUAUGAGAAUUCAGGCUGAAAAGAAACAGUAUGUAUGUACUGAGUGUGGGAAAGCCUUUAGUCAGAGUGCAAAUCUUACAGUACAUGAGAGAAUCCACACAGGAGAGAAACCCUAUAAAUGUAAGGAGUGUGGAAAAGCCUUCAGUCAUAGCUCCAACCUUGUUGUUCAUCGGAGAAUCCACACUGGACUGAAGCCCUACACAUGCAGUGAAUGUGGGAAAUCUUUCAGUGGUAAGUCUCACCUCAUUCGGCAUCAGGGAAUCCAUAGUGGGGAGAAAACUUAUGAAUGUAAGGAGUGUGGGAAAGCCUUUAGUCGGAGUUCAGGUCUUAUUUCACAUCAUAGAGUUCACACUGGGGAGAAGCCCUACACUUGUAUCGAGUGUGGGAAAGCCUUUAGCCGUAGUUCAAACCUUACUCAGCAUCAAAGAAUGCACAAAGGAAAAAAAGUUUACAAAUGUAAGGAGUGUGGGAAAACAUGUGUUUCUAAUACAAAGAUUAUGGACCAUCAGAGAAUUCACACAGGGGAGAAGCCUUAUGAGUGUGAUGAGUGUGGAAAAGCUUUCAUUUUAAGGAAGACCCUUAGUGAACAUCAGAGACUUCACCGUAGAGAGAAACCUUACAAAUGUAAUGAAUGUGGGAAAGCUUUUACUUCUAAUCGAAACCUUGUUGAUCAUCAGAGAGUUCACACUGGAGAGAAACCUUAUAAAUGUAACGAAUGUGGAAAAACCUUCAGGCAGACUUCUCAAGUUAUUCUACAUUUGAGAACGCACACUAAGGAAAAGCCCUUUAAAUGUAGUGAGUGUGGGAAAGCCUAUCGUUACAGCUCACAGCUUCUUCAACACCAGAGAAAACAUAAUGAGGAGAAAGAAACAUCAUAAAUAACAUAUAUUGUUGGUAGUAGGCCUAAUUGCUACUUUUUGGAAAAACAAUUUUUCAUUAUUCUUGACUUUAAUUAAAUUUCUGUGACUCCAUACAGGGAAAGUAACCAGAAGCAGACAAAGAUGAUCAGAGGGAUAUUCAUGCUGGCAUCAUAUAUAACUGAAGGAAGAGAACUAGAUUUUCAGUAGCAUAGGGUUUAAAUGAAUGGUGGUCUAUCUACAUGAUGGUUUUAUAGCCGUUAUAAACAUUUUUAAAGAAUAAUGCCAUGAGGAAAAUUAUUUGUAUAAAAUGGAA